GCUUAGUGUUUUCAGGGUAUUUUAAGCUUGUAUUGUAUUAGCUCUUGUGGUUGUUUUAGUUGGGGUUCAGAAUUGAAUGUUAUGCUUUUGUGAGAUUUGGGUGAACAUAGAUAUUCAACUCAUAAGCUCUUGCUUUAAUGCUACCAUAUCAUAUACGCCAACUUAUUAGUGUAAUUGAUUAAAGAUUGUUGCAUUUAUGAAGCAGUAGCUUGCUUAACUGGAUUGCGAAGUGCAUUAUUAGGAGGAAAAGUUUGGAAAUGAAUGAAAUUUCAGUUAAAGGUAAAGCAAGCAUAUACCGCGACAAAAAAGAAAAGAGUGGAUCCAAAAGAUUUGCAUUUUCCUUAGGUUGGUUUUUGGAUUAUAAUGAACUAAAUUUGUUAAACCUUUUUUCUGAUUGGGAAGUAGAAGACAGUGAGGCUUUUAUUUUUUUGGAGGAAAGACAGCGAGGCUUUUAGAUUAAGAUUAACGAAGGAUGCAUGAAACUACCCCAUCUUGAAUAAAACCUUUGUCAAGGCAUUUAGCUAAUAUUGGUGUCGAUAGUGAUGAUAUGAAUUAUCUGAGACUUUAGAAUUUAAGUUUGCACAAGUCAUAGUACUUGACUUAUACUCUUUGUUUUUGAAAAGAAGAUUUGGAGGGGAGGAAAGUUGGACUAUGUAAAACAACGAGAGGAAAUAAGAGGGAGCCAUAUGCCUUUUCCGUUUAAUUAAUAAAUUCUAUCUAUAAUUGUGUAAUCAUGGAAAGAAAGUAGUAGCCAAAGAAUAGCUAAGUGAUUUUGUUCCUGGAUGGGAAGGAAUGAAAACGUAGGCAACUUCUUCAUUGAACAUCCUGAACACAUGCAGAGUUGAGAAGCUGCUUCUUGCUCCAUCUCUUGAUCUAUGAUGUGUCAUCAGAUCAGAUAAGGGAGACUUGAGGAUUUGUUUUAAUCAGAUGGCCUGUAUGAGCAAAUCAGCAAUUAGGAGAUCAAUUGUUUCUUCCCUUAGCCUUCCUUUCUCCUCUUUUCACCACUCCAAGCCUCCAAAAUCAUCAUCAAAACAAACUGUUCCUUUUCCGCACAAGAAGAUUUUCUGUUGAGGACAAUGAAAGGAUAAUUACAUCAGGGGUCCUCUAAAGCAAAUAAUUCAACUCUAUGGACUCUGAUGAUGGAUCAGUUUGCAGUAAAACUCCUUCUGAUGAAAAACCUGGGUUUCUACCUGUAUUUCGCUCUGGAAGCUGUGCUGAAAUAGGGCCAAAGCAGUUCAUGGAAGAUGAACAUGUUUGUAUUGAUAAUCUUCGUGAACAUCUGGAUGCAUCUGAUGAAUUCCCCUCUCCUGCAGCAUUUUACGGGGUAUUUGAUGGUCAUGGUGGAACAGACGCAGCUUCCUUUGUUUGUAACAACCUUCUUAAGUAUAUUGUCGAUGAUCCACAGUUUCCUGUUUCUUUGGAGAAGGCUGUUAAGUGCGCCUUUGUUAAGGCUGAUUAUGCAUUUGCUGAUUCUAGUGCUCUUGACAUUUCUUCUGGCACCACUGUCCUGACUGCCCUUAUUUUCGGAAGGUCAAUGCUAAUUGCCAAUGCUGGAGAUUGUCGUGCUGUUUUGGGGAAACGUGGUAGGGCAGUCGAGCUAUCUAAAGACCACAAACCAAACUGUUCAUCAGAAAGAGUUAGGAUAGAAAGACUUGGUGGGGUAGUCUAUGAUGGAUACCUCAAUGGACAGCUAUCUGUAGCACGUGCUCUUGGAGAUUGGCAUAUGAAGGGACAGAAAGGUUCUUCUUUCCCCUUAAGUGCAGAGCCUGAAUUGCAGGAAAUGGUCCUGACUGAAGAUGAUGAAUUUCUUCUAUUGGCCUGUGACGGUCUUUGGGAUGUGAUGAGCAGCCAGUGUGCUGUGACAAUUGCUAGGAGAGAACUCAUGCUUCACAAUGAUCCUGAAAGGUGCUCAAGAGAACUUGUCAGAGAGGCACUUAAGCGCAACACGUGUGACAAUCUAACAGUUAUAGUGAUAUGCUUUUCGGCGGAUCCUCCACCUCGAAUUGAGAUACCUCCCACUAGACGGAGGAGUAUAUCAGCUGAAGGGUUGAAUCUUUUGAAGGGUGUAUUGGAUGGUGUCUCGUGAGUUUUGAGCAGGAUAUUGUGAAAAUGCAACACAAUAGGAGGUUGCUUUUGUUCAAAACCCUGAAUAUGAUUAGGGUUUGCACCAGGCAACUGUGAAGAACUGAUGGAAGGAUAUACAGCUAUACUACAAGUCCCUGAGGGGAGGAUGUAGAAGCACUUGAAUGCUGUUGAGAUAGGGCAAUUGGGCAAAGAUUUUGGAAUAUGCGAUUUUCUUGAAGAAAGUUGCAGAUGUGCCUGUUCUGAGGAUGAAUUGAGUUCCAAUUUAGACUUUUUAGUUAUGUAGGAUGUAAUUAUUCGGCAGUCUGCAUCAGAAAAUAGCACCAGAGUUUUGCUAUGUUGUAUAACCAGGAUGAUUCAAUUGUUUAGUGCUUGUAGCUGAAUAGAACCAUUAUUUCUUGUCCCCAUUGAUAUACUUAGGGGGGGCAGGGUCAUAUUGCUUGUUUACUA